GCCACCAUCAUGGCCCCGAGGCUGUCCAUCGAAUGCGGCGACGCGAUUAUUCACCCUCUUCGAGUUCGUCAAGACAAAACGGAUUCCGAAACAUUAAGCACAAGGCACACUGUCCUCUCUACCGUUCUUCGUCGUCUUCGUCAUCGUCGUCGUCAACCUCAUCCAGUUCGUCGUCAGAUCCAGGUUCAGCACCAACUCUCCCAUCCACUGCCAUAA